AUUUGAUCCUCAUCAAACUCAGGCAGCAGCUGUUUCCUGUUCCACUGAUUAUUUCACAUGUUGCAGCUUUUGUGAGUCGAGCGUCACGUGGAACCAGAAGCUUCUCUUCUUCUGUUUGUCUAAAGGAAAACUGACUGUAAAAAACAAAACUUGAUUUCCGGAAGCUGUCGUCGUCUUCCCUCUGAAGAGUUUUAUUCUAACAGGUUGAGCAGGAACGUGAUUCCGAAAAUGGAGGAUGGAAACAAACAGCCGCACACAUUUGGGAGUGGACAACAGAGAACUAACCACCCCAGACCUUUUUUCUACGUCCAGCCUCCAUCUCAACCUUAUUACCUCUACCAGCACUGGCAGCUGAACAACCCUUACAGUCACUAUGGUUUGCCUGGAGGUUUUAAUUUCAACCGUCCCUGCAUGCCACCCUACCAGUACAUGCAGUACCCUGGCUACGUUUUCCCUCAUGCUCCCAUGUAUCCGGUUGACAACAGGCGAAUGUUUGAGCCUCGGUUCCAUGCUCCCGCCUGGAACCAGCAGCAUCACUUGCAACCUCAUGGGCGUCGAGAAAUGGCCUGUUCAGAGGCCCAGACGGACCCCAGUGAUGCUAUAUCCAAGCUAAUCGAGUGCCUGGAUAAAAUUCGAGCCAACGAGCUGCAGGGCGCCGAGAGAGAACUUGACUCUGGUGUCGCCUCCCAGUCCUCAGGCAUGUUUUCUCCAGGAGAAGAGAGGAAGAGUGAAGGGCAGGGUCACAUCCUGCCUUCAGUGCCGGAUGACAGUCCUGCCGUGGCCUUCAGUGACUCCACAACAGCCGUGUACGAUGCAGAGUCCAGCCACAGGAGCCUGGACGUCAUGAGCCCUCAGGAAUGCUGGUCAGGAGCCUUGGAGGAAGAGCUUCCCCUCGAUAGCUCCUCUGUUCAUGAAGACUGCCCAGAGCUCGAGCAGCUGGCAGAGGAUCAACACUUUCCCCCUCUGGAGAACGAAAAGGUCACAGAUAUCCGGUCAGAUGUCUUAGAGACUGAUCCCAGCGUUCCCAAAUGUGAGGUGGAAGAGCUCCUGAAGUCGUCACUGGCACCUUCCUUCUCCAGUCAGCUAGUCCUAAAGGAACCUAAGAGCAGUGACACCGCCUUGAAGUCAGAACAUCAGGCAGCGUCUCCGGAUGAAGCCAGAUCAGAUGCAAGCUACCAGAUCCUCAAGUUGCCCUUUGAGAGCAUUUUGACGCCUGGAGCUGCAGGAGCCGGUCGCCUCUCCUCCCCUGCAGCCCCCUACUUCUACAACUACCUCUCCAUGCAGACCACGCACGAGCGGAUGAGCGUCCUCAGUCCGUCUCUGGAUGAGCUUUCCUCCAGGGAUGAGAUGUUCUCCACAGAUCUGGACGACGUGGAGCUUUUCCCCAAACACGUGUAUACAGGCCAGAAGCUGGCAGAGGUCGUUGGUGCGUCGCCUCAGGCUGCCGAAGAAGUAGAAGAAGUGUGGCUGCCGGGUUCCAAGAGGUUCAUGUGCGCCUGCUGUGGGAAGAACCUGGCAAAGGGUGCAGGUAGGACCAAAGCCCAAAGCUCCACUGUGUACAGAGACGAAGCCGGGGACUCUGAGGAGGAAGGCAGGUAUAGAAGAGGGUGUGAGCAGCCGGUCAGGGUGGUGGUGAGGAAGCAUUCUGCACCCAGGAAGCCUCAGUCUGUCCCACUGAGACAUCCAGUAAGACCCUGGUAUAAAAGAAACCAGUACAAAGACCCCUCGCAUCCAUUCGACCAGGAGGGAGGUCACGACCUCUGCAAGCAGGAAGCAGCUGAGGGUGAGAUCGGAGCCGUGACUGGCGGCGAGCUGCAGUUCAGAACAUGUGAGGACCGAGUCUGCAGAGACGAUCUGACCACUGCAGAGAAAAGCCGGUGGGCCGACGGAGACGUGAUUCCCAGGAGGAGACAAGGAGCCGCUCUGCCCCGACAAGAGAUGAGUUCUCAGAGGAAAGUGAUGUACCAGCGGCCGAGAGACGACGACGACGCGCCGCCUCCGUUACACUGGGAGCGAGGCUCGACCAUGAGAGGAGAACCAAGGUGUUGACGUCCCUGGACCGACUUUUGAUCAACGUGUUGAACUGUCCCCCUGAAGGUGUUAAUGUUCCAGGAUAAUGUAAUGACUUAGAGCACCAGGUGAAAUGCACUGCACAGGAAGCCUCUUUUUGUUAAAUGUGAAAAUUAAAAAAAUAUAUAAGUAUAAAGUUUCUGCAGAGACACUGCCUUGCACUAUUCAUGAUAAAUGGAUUUCACGACCAGGCAAACGGGCUGAGAAUGAUGGUGUUGCCACUGUUUGGGGCCAGUCCAAUAAAGUACUGUCAUUAUUAUUUAA